AUGGAUUAUGUUGCCAAUAAGAGUGAUUUGUCUGUUAUUGUUGCUAGAAGAAGGGAGAAGUUUUCAAAGGGCGCAAGAGAUAGAAUUUUGAACGAUUCUCUCAACGAUACGGCCCUGCUCAGUAGGUCAUCUCAGAAUGGAACAGCUGGUAUCACUGCACUGCAAAGGGAUCAAUCGAAGAGAGUACAGUUUUUUAAAUCACUAAAAGAUGAAUAUGAUCAAGAUGCAAUCAAUGACCCAAAAGGAUUCGAACUGAAACUGCGGAAAUUAAGAGAAAUUAUUGUCAGUGUGUAUGAUGAAAACCGCAGGGACUCUCAAUUCUUACAAUUAGCAGAGGAUGCAUAUAUCCUUUCUUAUAAGUUUAUGGUUGAGCAUCAUAAUAAUAGUGCAAGUCUUGUAAGUAUUUUAGAGUUCAUGAUUAACAAUAAUCUGAAGUGCUCUAAAAAGUUUCUCCCGACAUAUAUUAUCUACAUAACGCAUUCAUUGAAAAAUCUGGAGACUGCAUUGCAGUUAAAUUAUAAAUAUUAUUAUGAAACAGAUAGCUUACUUUACUAUACAUUGCUGAGAAGCUCACUGAUUUACGUACAGAGCACUGAAUCACCAAGUGAAUGGUUCAAGAUCUUAGCUGACAUAAAAAUAGCUAUAGUUGGUGCGGACGAACUAUCACAAGAAAACAUCCUGUUCCAAUACCUAAUUAACUCCGAACACAUGGAAGUUAUGAAACUGAAGACACUGUCACAUUUAUCGAAGUGCUUUAACCAAUUGCCAUUAGCCUAUGCCGUUGACCAACUUUUCUGCAAUUUUAUAGACAAAUCUUAUCUGAUCAGGAAAGGAUAUAAGGUAGAUACCACAAAGUCAGGAACAGUAAUGAUAAUAUUUAAGGAUAGAAGCAACAACAAGCCAUCAAGCUAG